UUAUUUCUACGUUUAUUUUCAAGGAGAAAAAAUAAGACUGCAAAAUAUUAUCUGGUCACGUUUGACAAGUAAUUCGAUCUAUAAUCAACAAAAUUCAAUAUGAUCGAAGAUCAAGGGCUUCGGAUAAGGCGUUCAAGGAUGCCUCGCCGGGUUGUUUCGAGACUCAGAAGAAGAAUAAUAUUGACCAUCGUCACAGUUGGAAUCUUUCUCACGAUGAUCGCCCUGGAAACCCAUUUUUGGGAAGAGUCUCACAUUUGGGGGAAAAUUGCCUGGUCCACGCGCUGUUUCAUUCCGUUCAUGCGAGAACCCUUGGCCGAACUGCUUGUGGCUCCAAACGUGACCAUGCCUGAUGGCUCCGUGCGGAAGUGCACGAAACUUGCGGAAGUUUUUGUUCCUGGAUUCCGGAUCCCGACGAAAAAUGCUUGCGAUGAAGGCGUGAGGCUGCUGGUGACAGUCAUUUCACACCCGAAAAACCUAACGUCGAGAAACGCCAUCCGUGCUACGUGGGGCAAUAUGCUGAAGGAGACCGGCUACGCUCAGGUUUUGUUCUUUUUUGGACGAGUUCGAGAUAGAUCGACACAGAAGCGAAUAAAUGCUGAAAGUCAAGUUUACCGGGACAUUGUUCAAACAAAUAAUCCGGAAGACUGGAAAACUCUGGUACUGAAGGAAUAUGCUGCCUUGAUCUGGAUCAAGACGCAUUGUCGCAAUGUCAAAGCUAUUCUCAAAACUGACGACGACGUUUACGUAAAUCCGAAGAAUCUCAUUCAGUACUUCGAAACUGUUAAAUUGAAAGAAAACGUUAUUACUGGCGUUAAAAACCCAGGCCUAUGUAACGACUGGAAUCAGCGCGAUUUCAAAAAUCUGAUCCUGGAUUCCUCGCUUCCGGACAAUGCGUAUCCUUUGAAACAUUAUCCACCCCACCUGGCUAUGAAUUACUUUUACACCUUCGAAACUUUAGGUCCAUUGAUCGAUGCUGGAAAAAGGAUCAAUUUUUGGGCUAUGAACGGUGACCUGUUUAUUUCGGGUUUGCUGACUGCACUCGCCAACGUGACCGUCGUGAAUGAUGCGAGGUUUGCCGUGCUUUUCGGGGACACUGCUCUGAAUCUGAUCCCAUCAUCGAGAACGUGGAAGUUUUUCUUUAGCCAAGCAAUCGUGGUUGCACACAACCCAAUUCACAAGCCUCAUGAAAGACAUCAUUUGUACCCUGAAGCCCUUUUUCAGAUUCACAAGAUUCUUUUCGGAAGUUCACUUCAAUAAGGGCUUCAUGUCAUGAGGGGCACUAGUUAGUCAGAUAUACUGUAUUGUAUGGAACUAACAAAUGAUUCUGCUGACGUUUUGAGUCCGGAAAUGGUUUUAUUUUUCGCCUGGAUUUUAAUUCUUCCUAUAUCUUGAGUAUUGAUUUUGAUGGUCGUAUUAAUCCUUUUACUAUAGCAAUUCAUGAUAGUAACUAUAUAGAAAUUUUUCUCGGAGAAGCAACAUUUAGCAGCCUUUUUUCAUCUGGUUUAUGAAGUUUGUGUAUUGUUUUCAAGACAUGUGGGAUGAUAAAUUGUGCCCGCGUUGAAAUCAAACUAUUGUAUUAUUGUGCUACUGUAUUCAUUGAAAAAUUAACCUCGAUUCCAUGGAGGAAAAACCUGCCCAAUUUCACUCAAAUUCCAAUCCAGAAUACUGCAGAAGACUGUCUGUUUUCCAUUAAAAAUAUAUUCAGUAUAUUUUUAUUGUUUCGCAUAGUUUUUGGAUUUUUGCAGACUUCGCACAGGCCCGAAGAAAAAAACGUAGAACGUAGAAAAUGCAGUAUAAAAACGAUUAUAUACAUUACCGAAGAAAAAACUUAGAAUGAAGUGAGCGUUAUUGGAAUCAUUGUUGAAAAUUUAGAUUUUAUUGUGAUUUGGAAAAAAAUUAACAUGAUCGCGGAUGAAGACUGGAUACAUUACGUAUGAAUCAAGGAGCUUUUUCAAAUAUCAUUGACUUAACAAUACCGAAAAAACGGAAGCCAGUAUUCAUAUACAGUAUUCAAUGAUUCCAUUUGCUCGAAUAAUUUUCUCUUUCGCUGAAGUGUUGGUCUAAUCCAGUCAUUCGACACAGUCCUAAAUACGCCUUCCUCGUGUAGAAAAUAUCCGGUUUUUCCAGUUUAUAGAUGCUUGCUUACAAGAUUCUGAUGAUCCGGGAAAAGUCAAGUGUUUAUAAUGGCCAUUAAAAUACCAGAGACAAGUUCAUUAUCUUCAAACAGCGAUGUCUUCUGUUUUGAACUAAAAUAAAAUAUUCCAAGAAAUUCCAUUUUUUGGCGAGUGGGGUGCCUGGAACUUGGAAAUUAACGCUGUAUUCUGACUGUAUUAUA